AUGGUUCAGACAAAUGUUAAUGUAAAUGAAAAUUUCAACAAUAAUAAUUUAUGUCUGUCAGAAGAUUUAAUUAGUAUUACUUCUUCAGAUAGUGAAAAUGAUAUCAUAUCAGAGACAUCUGUUUUAGACGGCAUUCAAAAUCAUCGAGAUAAAGCUGAGUCACAUUUUACUGAAGGGAAUUAUGUAAAAGCAAUAGAACUUUGGGAACUCAUUCUUAAAGAUCCUCGGCAUACGUCAGAAGAUCGGAGGUGUCCAACAACAAGGCUUACAGAAUUCAUUGAAGGUCUCAGUCAGAAAUUACGAAACUAUUCCUCGCUCAAAACUUUUGGCGACCUGAAGGAAAUGUUACGUAGAAAUAAGGUCAAUGGGGAGGAUAUAACAAACAUCAAGCAGUUUACUCCCGUCUUCGAGGAGAUUAUUAAGGCAGAUGAUAAUGACCUCACAGAUCUCAAGGAGGAAGAUUUCUGUGGUGGUGAGGUAGUGAUCGCAAGUGUAUCAUCUGCAUCCCAAUCUAAGCCAGCUUAUGAUCAUUCCUAUUUUCGCAACAAGAUAUUGGAUCAAUAUCAUAAUCUAUAUAGAGAAUGUAGUAGUGAAAAUUUCGAUUACUAUGAGAUUACUGAGGUCAUGAUGAUGAAGAAAUAG